CGGAAAAGGGUUGAUGAAACUUUGGGAAUCUUCAGUUCUUCCUAUUCCACCCUUUUGACAGGGUAUUGCUACCUUCCUCUAACACCAAGCCCACCACCAACAACCAACCCAGAAUGCCAUAGCAUUCCAACAAUUAAAUAAACACAAAAAAUAAAAAAGUCAUUUUUUUUGUUCCGUGUAGCUUUUUGGAGCUGGAUUCUCCUUGAAUUCUUCGUUUGACUAGUUUUUGUUUCUGGGUUUGUUUGAUCUUUUCAAAGGUUUCCAGCUCUUGCCUGCUGCCAAGAAUUAUUCAUACCAAAAACUGCCUUCUUGCUGCUCGUGUUUACCUUUUGCUCGGUUAAGUGGGAUGUGGAGAGAUCCGGGAGUUUCAGCUGAUUCUUUCUAUGAAAUCCGCCCGGAAUGUACCGAUGUUCCUAUUUCUCGAUUUAAAAUCAAGGCUGGUAAAACACUAAGUGCAAGAAAGUGGCAUGCUGCAUUUACUCCAGAAGGGUAUCUAGAUAUAGGCAAGACUCUAAGCCGAAUCUACCGUGGGGGAGUCCAUCCAUCUAUCAGGGGAGAAGUUUGGGAAUUUCUACUUGGUUGCUAUGACCCCAAAAGUACAUUUGAGGAAAGAGAUCAGAUAAGACACCGCAAAAGAAUGCAAUAUGCUACACUUAAAGAAGAAUGCCGCCAAUUGUUUCCUCUUAUUGGAAGUGGUAGAUUUGUCACAGCACCUGUUGUUACUGAAGAUGGUCUUCCAAUUCAAGAUCCAUUGGUUCUGAAAGAAACAAAUUCAGCCAAGGGAUUGGAUGUACAUCAUCAAGAUAAUAAUAAUCAUUCAAGUAGGAUUGCUACAAAUAGUUUACAGAAGGUGACAGACAAGAUAGUAGUCCAGUGGCUGUUAACUCUUCAUCAAAUAGGUCUUGAUGUGGUUCGCACUGAUAGGACAUUAGUUUUUUAUGAGAAGCAAGAAAACCUGUCAAAAUUAUGGGAUGUACUAGCUGUUUAUGCUUGGGUAGAUAAAGACGUUGGCUAUGGUCAAGGAAUGUGUGACCUAUGCUCCCCUAUGAUAAUUCUUCUUGAUGAUGAAGCAGAUGCAUUUUGGUGCUUUGAGCGUCUGAUGCGCAGGCUUCGCGGCAAUUUUAGAUGCACUGAGAGCUCUGUUGGGGUGACAUCUCAACUAAAUGUGUUGGCUUCAGUUACUCAAGUAAUUGAUCCAAAACUUCAUAACCAUUUAGACAAUCUUGGUGGAGGUGACUAUCUGUUUGCUUUUCGAAUGCUAAUGGUUUUGUUUCGUCGAGAAUUCUCCUUUUGUGAUUCAUUGUAUCUUUGGGAAAUGAUGUGGGCCUUGGAAUAUGAUCCUGACUUGUUCUUGAUGUAUGAAAUGCCUGAAUCAGCUUCUGAAAAAGCUGUGGGCUCAAAAGGGAAAUCAAAGUCAAUACGUCAAUGUGGAAAGUAUGAGAGAGAAUUUUUGAAGAGUGGAUCAAAGAAUGCUUCUCAAGCUCCUCUUCCUAUAUCUGUUUUCCUUGUUGCUAGUGUUUUGAAAGAUAAAAGUUCAAAACUACUCCAAGAAGCACGGGGUUUGGAUGAUGUUGUCAAGAUCUUGAACGACAUAACUGGGAAUCUAGACGCCAAAAAAGCUUGCAAUGGGGCUAUGAAACUUCAUAAGAAAUAUUUGAAAAAGGCCAAGAAACCCUAGCACCAAAUACAUCUAUAUAUUCACUGAUUCUUUGUAAUGUGUUGUAUGAUACAUUUGUAUCAUUCGCCACGAGGGAGGUAAUAAUGGAGAACAUUAGGAGUUUACAGAAUUGGAAAAAGGGAUUCAAAUAUCCAACCAUCAAAAUCCCUGAGCAACUGUUGUAUGUGAAAUCAAUUUGAUUUUUCUUUUUUCUUAUGUAUCCGAAAGAAGUGAGAUUGUAUAUGAAAAUAGAAUUUUUCUGUAGAACUGUCUAUUUUGUUGGACUUAGUUAUUGCAUAUGGGAAAACAAGGUAUAUGAAACAGCCAUUCUUUCUACUA